ACGAUCACUAACGAAGGCGUUUAGUGGUAAAAUGGUAGGUAGAUGUAGUGGAAAACUCUUUUUUUUAAUUUUAUAUAUCUAUAUUUAUAUUUAUAUUACUUUUUAUAUUUUAUUGAAUAUUUUGCCAGAUAACUUAUGAAAAUAUUCCAACUGUUCCCCCACUCAGUCCUAUAAAAAUUUUUAGCAACGAAAUAUCUUUACUAGCUUUAGCAACGAUAUUUUUGAACUUGUCAUAGGUGGUCCUGACGUUUGUGGAAAGGGGAUGGAAUCAACGUACACUGCUAAAGAAGGACAAAGUUUGUCCAUUGUACAAGAUAUAUGUGGACAUCCCAAACCAGUUGUUCAAUGGAAACUGAAUGAAGACAUGUUUGUAUCUUCCUUAAAAUCCACACUCAUUAACGACACAAUGAAACAGUAUAGGUACAGCUACGAAAGCAGGUCACUUCGACGUUCAGAUUGUGGAAAGUACAUUACAGUUAAUGCUUCCAAUGAGGUUGCAGCGAUUGAGCAAAACGCGAUGAUUGAUGUUGUAUUUAAGCCUUCACCUGUGUCAAUAAAUUCGAUGUAUAGAAUCAACGAAAGUUGUUUAUAUAUGGGUUGGCUCGGCGAAAGCGCAGAAAAUUGUUCUGUCAAAUAUUAUUUUCAAUUUGAUGGUGAACACAGUCGCCACGAGAUCAGCGCAAUGAAUUUUGUACACUGCGGUUUGCAGAACGCAAGAAGUGUAGUGUUUUGGGCAUCGUACAAAAACAUUAUCGGGAAAAAGACUAACGCAUUGUUGGUUUAUGAAAACAUAUCUCCAUUGAUGAAAAAAUCAAAUAAAGAUGAAGAAGAAGGUCAGUGUUCAAACAAAAUCACCAUUGUCAUCAUCGUCACAGUAAUAGCUGCACUCACAUCAAACAUCAUCAUCAUCUGUGUAUGCAUCAAAAGUGCUGGUACAUGCAAUAUUAAACAAGCUUGCAGAAAACAGAAAGAGACAAAUAAAAUAGAAAACAAAUAUGACACAGUCAGAAAAUUCUCGAAUUGUCAGGAUGUGAAGAAGGGAGCCAAAAAAAUGGAUGUUCAAAAUGAAUAUGCUGAGAUUGCAUUAAACUUGAUGGAAAAAAAUAUUUACUAUGCACCUGCGCAAACCUAAAUGCACCUGGCCAAUUUGAUCAAUAUCGUAUGAAUAAACAUUCUAUACAUAGAAUCUAAAGUCAUGUUUUACUACCAUUUAAAAAAAAUUAAGGGGGUUUGUAUAAUUUCCACAUAUGGAAAUAUGGCGUUUUGUAGUAGCAAUAAGAUAUUUUCUUUCUCUUCGUUUUGAUUUUUCUUGAAAUCAAAGUAAAUAUUGCUUUAGUAACAAUUUUUUGUAAGAAUACGUAUCCUUUUUGAAGUACUACGGCAAAGUGCCGAUUAAAUGCCGCCGCAAGUGUCGCCUAAGAAUAUAAAAACAAUGUCUUUUGGCUUAUUAUAAUACGUAAUCUUACUCUUGGCAAACGCACCUGGACAUUGUAACACUUUAAGUUAUUCGCGAUUUAGUAGCUUAAUUACAAAAUUAUAUCCUGUAAAACGCCAUAUAUAUUCAUGUGUUGUCUUAACUACUUUCUUCGCAGAAUGAAUUCAAAUUCAAAUGUAGUUAUUUUUUGUACAUAGAACAGGGAAUAAAAUGACUUUUAAUGAAAAGAGGGUAAACUAUGAGAAAGUUUUGGUUGUAAAUACUUACUAUUUUUUAUUUCAUAUUUAGAAAAAAAAACAUUUCGGAACUGCUGCACUUUAGGCAAGAUGAAAAAAAAGGUUUUUUUUGUUUAGCUAUCAUAUUAAAGUUCAAAAGGCAUGGUCUGAUGUCCUACUCCGAAAGAAAAAGUUUUAUUUAAUUAAGUGCACGCGACUUUUAAUUAUAGUGACGUCACGUAUAAUUUCUAUUUCAAUCGUUUUUAGCUAAUCGAAUCCUGAGACAAGACUACAUCGGAGCGUUUUGUUUUUUUAAACGCGUCAAAACAGUUUUAUUAAAAAUUUCUUGAUUUAUGAGAAUGUUCUACGGAACGUAUGCAUAUAGGACAGACAUUGUGAAAAAUAACAUAAGAAUUUAUAGCAACAGAAGUUACCUAUUUUGUUAAUUUCAUGUACAUAUAUGUUUUAUUAAUGUCUUUCUGUAGCUUCUUACUUCUUCCAGUCCGCAUUUCUCGAAAGCAUUAAUGCGAGUUUUGAUGCCAGCACACAAAUGUGUGCUGGCAUGAUGAAGGUAAAAAAGUUAAUAAUUAUUAGUUAAGUUAAGUUGUGUUUUGAGUAAAUGUAUUUGAGAAAUAGGUAUAUUGCUACGUAAUUUGUGAUAUGUAAAAAAGUUUUUAUACCACCGACAAGGCCGUCGGAAUUAUUAGUUUUAAAUUAUCUUAAAAUUUUGUAUAUAAAAAAAAAAUCGUAAAAGAUAUAAAUCCAA